CUGUCUUAACAUGUCAUAAAGUUUUCAUUAUUAUAUAAACCCAAAUCUAAACUCACUUGCUUUUUCAGACUGCCUUUCACCCUCCCCUAGCUUUGUUUCUGCUCUGCCCCUUCCCCUUCUUCACUCUCCUCUGAAUGCUAAUUUGAACCAAAGCUUGCAACUAGGUAAAGACACAUACUUGAAAAAUGAGGGGUCCUUUGGGUGCAGUAAUAGGAAGAUACCCAUCAAGUGAUGGAGUUACCCAAAUGGGUGGAAUUAUAAGGCACAACAGGAAAUGCAGGGACAUCACUGUUCUAGUGAGCUUCAUAGCUUUUUGGAUAGCAAUGAUUGUCAACUCCAGCUUUGCUUUCAACCAAGGAAACCCACUGAGGCUUACUUAUGGACUUGACUACAAAGGGAAUGUGUGUGGUGACAAGCAUGCACACCCUGGCCUUAGUGAAUUGGAGCUCAGAUAUUGGCAAAAUCCUAACCAGGUUUAUCAGAGUGGAUUGAAGGAUAGCCAAUUCAAACUGGCUGAUGCCCGCAGUAUAUGCUUGUCGGAGUGCCCUAUGCCUUCGGAAGAUUCCCUUAAUUGGGUGUGUGAUUAUCCUGAAGGAGAUAUUCGUCUUUCGAUGAAAGAUUGGAUUAAUAGGAACUAUGAUUAUUUUGAGUUUCUUACACCGGAAAUGAGAAACUCCUCUCUUCAACUACAGGGUCCAUGUUAUCCUGUCAUAUUUCCCAGUGUAAAUGUUUACUGGAGUUGCCAAUUCAUUGCUCGGGCAUCAAAUACAUCUUUGAAGCAUUGGCAGCAGAUGGGUGGAGUUAACAUCAACGAAGACAUUGUUAUUGACAAGUCCAUUCACAAGUCUAUUAAUUCUCGGUCAUCUGUCUUAAAGAGAUACAUGGCAGACAUAGGAAAGGCAUGGCCUGUGUUGAUUGUUUGUGGAGGGAUUUUGCCUCUUUUUCUGUCUGUGAUUUGGCUGAUGAUGAUUCGACAUUUUGUUGCUGCAAUGCCUUGGAUAACAGUUGUGCUCUUUAAUGUUCUAAUAAUAUCUGUCACAAUGUUCUACUACCUUAAAGCUGGAUGGAUUGGAAAUGAUGCCAUUUCUCCCAUCAUUGGUGAGCAUGACCCUUACAUUAGUGUAUAUGGGAGGGAGCUGACUCAUAUACGAGUUGUCACUAUACUUAUGACCUCUAUCAUGGUUGUCGCCAUUCUUACAUCAAUUGCUAUUGUUCGCCGCAUCCUUAUGGCAACAUCUGUCCUGAAGGUUGCUGCAAAAGUGAUAGGAGAAGUUCAAGCCCUCAUUAUUUUUCCUCUCAUACCAUAUGCUAUCCUUGCAGUGUUUUACAUGUUCUGGAUUUCAGCUGCUCUCCAUUUGUUCAGCUCUGGCGAGGUUGUUCAGAAUAAUUGCAACUCUAACUGUUGCACAUAUGAUCUUAUUGCAAAACGGGUAAAAUGCGAUCGUUGUUGUGGUUAUAGCAUUCAUUACACACCACAUAUUGGAGUUGCCAUCCUUUUCCACCUAUUUGGGUGUUAUUGGGCUACACAAUUUUUCAUAGCUUGCUCCUCAACAGUGAUUGCUGGGUCUGUCGCGUCUUAUUACUGGGCCCGUGGUGAAACAUCCCCAGAAAUUCCAUUUCUUUCUGUCUUUUCCUCCAUGAAGAGGCUUAUGCGUUACAGUCUUGGGUCUGUGGCUCUUGGCUCUCUGAUUGUAUCAUUUGUAGAAUCAAUCCGCUUUCUGCUUGAAGUUAUUCGUCAUAAGCUAAAAGUCUCAAGUCAUAGGCAUGACAGCUGCUUAGGCAAGGCUGCAUACCAAUCUUCUCAAUGUUUUCUCAGGUGUAUUGAAUGGACCAUCAAAUCAGUAAACCGAAAUGCUUACAUCCUGAUUGCUAUAACAGGCAAAAGUUUCUUUAGCGCUUCUUCUAUUGCAACAGAACUGAUUAUGAAUAAUAUUCUAAAGAUUGGGCGUCUUAAUGUGAUUGGAGAUGUCAUUUUGUUCCUUGGAAAACUGUGUGUCAGCCUCUCGUGUGCUUUGUUUGCGUUCCUCAUGUUGGACACACACAAGUACAACUCUGCUCAUAACAAGACCUCAUCUCCCCUCUUACCUGUUGUGGUUUGCUGGGCUCUUGGAUACAUUGUUUCAACCCUUUUCUUUGCAGUUGUGGAGAUGUCAAUUGAUACCAUAGUUCUCUCAUUCUGCCAGGAUUCUGAAGAGCACCAAGGGACAGCACAGUAUGCUCCACCCCUUCUCGUUGAGACCCUCAGUGACCAAAAUGAGAUGCAGAGACUCACACAAGGACCCUAAGGAAACUUGUCUGUGUAAUUUUGCUAAAUAUGACAACAUUUAGAUAUUUUUAUUAAGCUGCAUAUUUUUGCCACCAUAGUUCCGUUCUUACAUCACUUGUAUAUAUAUUGUCUUUAGUGAAAAGAUACUUGAGGUUUAGAAAAAAAAAAAUCGUUACUAAGGUGGGAUAGGCGAGUUCACCUUUAGACAAAUGGGUUAUCAUUAGCACAAACAAAACACAUUCACUAUCCUUUCCCCAUAUGAUUAUAAUAUUUUCUCAAAAGUGUCUCUUCUAGUGAAAUAGUAAA